GAGGUUCAUUUUAGUUGCCGAGCAACUAGAGGCACUAUCUUUCGGAGCUGGGAUGUACCCAUUUGCUGUCUCUCGGUACAACAUUUGAGCGCUGCAAAGACAUAUUAUAGCAAUACAUUUCUACAGCUCUGCUAUUUGGCUCUGAUAAAGCAUCAUGGUUUCUCUUAUCCUAUAGACAUUUUUUUCCCCUUAUCUAGCCGAACAGGAAUUUAAUACAAUUGUGAAACACAUGAAGCUUACUUUCGGGGUGGAACCUUUCUUGCCUCAGGAAAAGCUGCAGCAGCAAGUGACAGAAGGCAAUCCAGCCAUUGUUUUUCUGUAGGUUGCAGGUCAAAUUUACUUAUCAAAAUGAUAAGGUACAGUUCUGCGUCUGGCACUACAGUCACCACCACUGAUAGCCUGGACCAAGCCAGAAGAAGGGCUGUCCGCACCAUGCGACUGACUCUCCAGACUCACGACUCUUCCCCGGUAAAGGAUGGGGCCACGAAGAAAGGAAAAGCAGACAAUGAAGAGAAGCCAGUCACCCCAACCAGGAGAAGGAAGAAUGGACAUGUCCAUAGUGAGAGAACAACCAUCAUUGAGAAGCCUGCACUGCAUCUCUCCAGUGUGUCGAAUGGAGCCCCGUCAGAGCCAAACAAGAGGGGCAUGGUCUAUGGGGUGGUACACAGGCCCGACGCAGACAGCCAGAGGGAAGUAGUGGUCUGUGAGUGGUCAGCCAAUCAGAUGAAGGAUGAGAUGAACUACAUCAAAGAGGUCAGAGUUUCCUUGGAGAAGGUUAGAGAGAGAAUGUACGGAGAAUUUGGAGGAAUACAGCAAAAAAUGCAACAGCUUUCACAGGAUAUAAGAGUUGCGAAUUCACAGCGGCAGUCCUUGCAGUCUGAACUGAAGGUGAAGACAGCAGCACUUGAAAGCUACGACCAGAUGAGCAGCUCCCUCACGUCGGUGACAAUUGAUUUGCAGAAGUCCCUCCUGGACAGCAGCUUGGAGAGGAACGACAUGAGACAGGAGAUGAAGAGUCUGAAGGAGUCCUAUGACAAUGCUGUGGAGAAACUGAAAGAAAAGGAGAGACAGCUGGAAGCAGCCCAGGGAGAAAACAAGACCCUGAAACUCAAGGUAGAAUCCUCCCAAGAAGCAAAUUCUCAGGUGCUCCAAGAUAUGACCAGAAAACUUUAUAAUGAAUAUGAAGACAAACUGGGGGAGGAGCAGCGCAUGCACAGGAGAGAACUGGAAGCUCUUCAGGCCCAAGCCAAUGAAUACAUUAGGCAGAUUCAAGAGGCCAAUGAGAAGGUGAGACUAGCAGAGGAGAAGAUUAAUGAGAAAGACCAAAGGAUUGGUGAACUAGAUCGACUCAUCCUCUGCAUGGGAGAGGAACAAAGCCAGCUUCAGAGGCGCUUACAAGAAAAUGAGCAGCAGAGAGAGAGACUGAGACAGACAGAUGAGAUUGACGGGUCAGAGAAAAGCAGGAGGUCCCAGCUGCUGGAGGAGGAGGCUUCUAGUCUGAGGGAACGAAUCAAACACCUGGACGACUUGGUGCACAACCAGCAGAGGAAAGUCAAGCAAAUGAUUGGGGAGAUUGAAAAUUUGAAGAGACAGAUUGAGCAAAAAGACAUGUGUAUAGAACAACUACUGGAAAGAGUAUCAGUUGUGGACUGUGAGAAUAAGGAGUUGCAAGACAAACUGAAUUAUUUGAUGUCUCUUAAUAAUACACCAAGAGGUCAUGUGGAAACUAGGGAAACUGGAGUUGAAUGCAAUCUCCCUUACAGGAGAUUUGUUCAGACUCUCCCUGAUAAAGGGAAGAGGAUUUCAGACUUUGUUGAAAAAGUUCGGUCAGCCCUUGCUCACAUUGAAGAUGUGGAGAGGACAGAUGCUAUGCUGUCUACAGCGAAAAUGGAGUUUGAAUCUAGAUUUCAGCCAAGGAGUACCAUAAUGGAGAAAGAAUGUGGACACAAUACUGAAGACAUCAGUACCUCACAAACACAGCUUUUAAAAACAUUUAUUAAUAGCAAUAACGCCAAAAGCAAAUAUACAAAAGAAAAUGGAUAUACAAUGGCAACAGCAGAAACUAUAUCGGAAUGUAUCGAUGUUCACAUGCCUCAAAACAAUUGUGAUACACCAGCAGAUAGCCUGGCUCGGGUGAGUGUGGAGACUGCAACUACUGCUCUUCUAGGUCAACCAGUUUAUGAUGUGAAAAUAAACUCUGCCCUCAAAAACGAUGAGGAACUUGCGCAAGUAUUUGAAAAGGUCACGCUGGCAGAUGAAACUGAAGUCAUGGCUGGCCUUGGUGAUACACGGCAGGAAACGGUUUCCAUUGGUGACAACAGACAGAAUAGCAAUCCCUUUGGAAUCAAUCAGCCACAGAAAAAGCCUCAUUAUAUUGAAGUGUUUGAGAAGGCAGAGAAGAAUCCAGCUGUUAGGAAAUCUAAAUUUAAACCAAAUCAGUUGCCCUCUGGAUCUCAUGGGUCUUCUUCAGCUGGCUCCUCAUCACCCAGCCACUCUCCAAGAAGACCUGAGUCUCAGCUUUCUCCAGCAGAGAGACUCCUCCGAGACAAGAAACACCUUGAUGAUAUCACAGCAGCCAGACUACCUCCACUUCACCAUCUGCCAACCCAGCUACUGUCCAUGGAGGAGUCUGCAGCACUGCAGCAGGGACAGAAAAAGAAAUACGAGGAAGUGCAAGCCAAGGUUGCUGCACAGAAACUUGCAGAAAAGCUGAAUGUCCGAAUGGUGCCCUUCAACCCUGAAGGGGAAGCGAUGGUGAAAUACAGAGAGGUUCAUGAUGAUGGAGACAUUCACUCUUCAGAAGAUGAUUAGCUCAGAGGAAUGCACAUGCUUUGUUUUUGGCACACUGAAAUUUGAGAGAUUCUCUGACACUUAUGGAAAUGAACUUUAAACAUUAUUUAAAAUACAUAUUUCAUUAUGUGAAGUAUUCUGAUUUCAGCAAUAAAAACAUUACCUGUGUUGAUUCGCUCAGUAUAAAACAAGGAAUUAGGUAAAACUACAGCUGGGUAGUUUAAAACUACAAAAGCAUUUGAGUUUAAUGCUGCAACUCAGAAAAGUCCAUAUAUGUUUUAACCUGAAAUUAUUUAAUAUGAUUGAAAAUAUUAUAUAAAUAAAACACAAAAACUUUUGUAUUGCCUUU